GGAACACUCAGCUUGCAACCAACCAACCCAGAUGAACUCCACUCCGAUCUCAACUGGCAACUUACUCAACAGACAGAUCAUGGGAGCAUACCGAAAACACCAUAUCUCACUCAACAGCACCCCACUACCAACAAACACCACCACAACCACCGAAGCAGCAACAGCAACAACUAGUACUACCACACCAACAACUAUCAACUUAACCGACGAACUAACUACCAACCAGGAGAAACUCACAAUCGAUCACUCCCAUUCAGAACAUCCUACUACAUCCUCAACCUCAAAGAGGAAACUCAACUCAACCCAUGAAAACCUCAAUCGAAUCACCAAUCAAUCAACUCAUUCACCAACUACCAUCAAGCGAACCAAAUCUGCAUUCAGCAACUCAAAGCAAAGCGGAAACCCUUCCUCAUCAUCACUCAUCAAGGAUACAACCCCUUCAGUGACCCUCUCAGAUCUCGGUGGGAUCGAUGGAACGGUAGAAAGACUAUUAGAAUUGAUCGGACUGCCAAUCCUUCAUCCAGAGAUAUUCGAAUUUACCGGUCUCAAACCAAUCAGAGGACUCCUACUAUGCGGCCCUCCAGGUUGCGGAAAGACGAUGUUGGCGAAUGCGAUCGCAAAUCAGUUGGGCGUCCGACUGAUCAACGUCUCCAGUACUAGCAUCGUCAGUGGAAUGAGUGGCGAAAGUGAGAAGGCGAUCAGGGACAUCUUCGAACAAGCUACUAAACAAGCACCAUGUCUGUUGUUCAUCGAUGAAAUCGAUGCUAUUACUCCUAAGCGUGAAACUGCUCAACGAGAAAUGGAACGAAGAAUUGUGGCACAGCUACUGACUUGCUUAGACGAUCUCUCGCUCGAAAAGACUGAUGGUAAACCGGUGAUCGUGAUUGGUGCAACUAAUCGACCUGAUAGCUUGGAUCCAGCGCUGAGGAGAGGUGGAAGAUUUGAUCACGAGAUUCUGAUGGGUGUGCCCGACGAAGCAGCACGGGAACAGAUUCUGCGGGUGCUAUGUUCAAAAUUAAAACUGGUGGAUUCCUUUGACUACAAGCAGUUGGCUCGUUCCACGCCUGGAUAUGUUGGUGCCGAUUUAACCGCCCUGACAGCUUCUGCCGGUGUUAUUGCCAUCAAGCGAAUUUUUGAACCCGAUACCAAGCCGGACAAGUUACCUGAUGACAACAUGAUUAUCGAUCUAACUGAUUCCCCAGCAAAAGAAGAUCUACUUGUUGUUGAAACGGAUGUUCCAAACCAAGAACAAGAAGCUCCCCCAGCCGAUAUAUUCGAAAAUCUACCCAGUCAUCUACUCUCUCUACCUAUCAUCAACUUUCUCCGCUCGAACCCCAGAAAAUUAAACUCGCAGCAACUGGAUCGAAUCCGAAUCAACCAACUUGACUUUGAACGUGCACUCAAUGAGCUCCAACCCUCGUGUAAAAGGGAAGGGUUCUCGACAAUUCCAGAUACGACAUGGUCUCAAAUUGGGGCCAUGCAUUCGGUGAGAGAUGAGCUCAAUAUCUCGAUCAUCCAACCGAUCCGAUAUCCCGAGAUGUUCGAGAAAAUCGGCAUCUCUUCUAGCUUUGGCGUCCUCCUUUGGGGGCCUCCUGGUUGUGGUAAAACGCUGGUCGCCAAAGCUGUUGCUAAUGAAAGUCAGGCAAACUUUAUCUCCGUUAAAGGCCCUGAAUUACUCAAUAAGUAUGUUGGCGAGAGUGAGAAGGCAGUGCGGCAAGUGUUUAUUAGAGCCAGGGCCUCUGCUCCUUGCAUAAUUUUUUUUGAUGAACUCGAUGCAUUGGUUCCCCGGCGAGACGAUAGUCUAUCCGAAAGUUCAUCCAGGGUAGUCAACACACUUCUCACCGAACUAGAUGGUCUUGAGCCACGCAAGCAGAUCUAUGUGAUUGGUGCGACGAACCGACCGGAUGUAAUGGACCCGGCAAUGGUCAGGCCGGGCCGACUGGACAAGAUGAUCUUCAUCGACCUGCCUGAUCGACAAGACCGAUGGGAGAUUUUCAAGACCCUGUCGAGCAAGCUGACGUUCGACAGCCCAGCCUCCGAGGCGAUCCAGAAGCUUAUCCAGGACGACCCACGGUGUGCGGGCUAUAGCGGGGCGGAUAUCGGCGGCUUGAUCCGCGAAGCCGCGCUGAUCCAGUUGCGCAAACAGAUCCGGAACCGGACCCUUCUGGAUCCGACUGGCGAUCGUCCUCAUCAUCUUGAGACCCAGACUACUCAGGAAGAGUCUCUUGGGAUCGCCGACUUCGAGGAAGCAUUGGCAAAGGUCCGGCCGAGCGUCUCUUCCUCGCAACAUAAACGAUACCGCGCCCUUCACUCUAAGUUCAAUGGGGUCUCCGCCGGUACACUUAAGGUCCAAGAUCAGGACGACGAUCCUUCUUGUAAACCUCGUCCUGCUCCUUGUCCUCCUCCACUCUCCUCGUAGCUCGUCUCCUCUGUCUCUCCAAUUCCCUCCCUUUUUUUCGGAAUUUAUAUUCGCACUUUGGGGUUGGUGUUUUUUUUGUUUGUUUUGGAGGCUUUCUUGUGUUUCAUCUACAAAUCAAUAGCUAUAACAGAUCUUAUGACUUC